GGUGCUUCUGCAAUUCUCUCGGGGAUCAUUUUUCGCGUGAAUCUGUCGUCCCGGCGAUCGAUCCUUGCUAGGGCUAUUGAAGAGGGCCUCACUGCCUCAGACUCUGCUUGUGAUUCUGGGAUGUCUGCGUUUCACUGACCGGUCAAUGGAAACGAGGUUGCCUUCCAACGUGUCGACUGGCUUGACUUCGCCGGAACCAAACACCGGUCGGCCUCUCCAAUGGAGGAUCGAGUGGGGACAACGACUGAGCAACGCACAUACCCAACUCGCCAUGACUGACCACCUCCUCUGAUCUCUCUCUGUCUCUCUUUAGCGACGACAUCAGCGAACAAUGAAGAAGAAGACGAUGACCUCACGAUAUGCGAGAUCCAUUUCUCCAAACACAUUCUUGAGCCUCUUCACACUAUCAAUCUCUCUCUUUUCUUCUUCUUCUUCUUCUUCUUCUUCUCUUUGCGAUUGUCUCGUCCAAUCCGCUGACUCAACCCCGACACCUCCACCACUCCCGGUUCUGCCCAUACCCACCUCGCGGCAGCUCCAAUGGCAGUCCUCCUCCAUGGCCCUCUUCCUCCACUUCGGACCCAACACCUUCACCGACUCCGAGUGGGGCUCCGGCCACGCGGACCCCUCCGUCUUCCACCCCACCAGUCUCGACGCUGCCCAGUGGGUCGGCGUAGCGAAGCAAGCCGGGUUCUCGCGCGUGAUCCUCACCGCCAAGCACCACGACGGCUUCUGCCUGUGGCCGAGCGAGUACACGGACUACUCCGUGCGGUCGAGCCCGUGGCGGGGCGGCAGUGGCGACGUGGUCGCGGAACUCGCUUGCGCUGCGAGGGACGCCGGCGUCGGGUUGGGGCUAUACCUCUCGCCGUGGGAUCGGCACGAGCCGUCCUAUGGACGAACGGUGGAGUACAAUGAAUUCUACAUGGGACAGAUGGCUGAGCUGCUCACCAGAUACGGGGAGAUUAAGGAGGUGUGGUUAGACGGUGCCAAAGGGGAGGGAGAGAAGGACAUGGACUAUUACUUUGAGAGUUGGUUUAGUCUAAUUCGCCAGCUUCAGCCCGGGGCUGUCAUUUUUUCUGAUGCGGGUCCAGACACCAGGUGGAUCGGGGACGAGGCUGGCGUUGCCGGGUCAACUUGCUGGUCUCCAUUCAAUAGGAGUAACGCCAAGAUUGGUGGAACUGAUCCUCAAUACUCGAGGAGUGGAGACCCGGUCGGGCAAGACUGGGUGCCAGCUGAGUGUGAUGUCUCCAUCAGACCCGGUUGGUUUUGGCAUGCCUCAGAAGUUCCUAAGUCUGCGACAACCCUUCUCGACAUCUAUUACAAUUCUGUUGGAAGAAACUGUCUAUUGUUACUGAACGUACCUCCAAACUCCUUGGGUCUCAUAUCCGAAGAAGACGCACAAGUGCUUCAAGAAUUUAAUGAGCUUCGGAGGUCAAUAUUCGACGAAAAUCUCGCCAAGAGUGCUAGUCUGAGUGCCAGCAGUACCCGAGGUGGGAUGAUGAACAAUUCCCAUUUCGGCCCGGACAAUGUUCUCAAAGAGUGUAUCUACAGCUAUUGGGCACCUGAGGAGAGUCAGUCAGACUGGACAUUACAUCUAAGGUUUCAGGAGAAGGUGAAGUUCAAUGUUCUGCAAGUGCAAGAGCCGAUCCAAUUAGGCCAGCGGGUUAUACAGUUCCAUCUUGAGACCCUCGAAAACGGAGAUGAAUGGAGACAAGUGAUCAAUGGCACCACGGUGGGAUACCAGAGGCUCCUGCAAUUUCCUAUGCUUGAAACGCAGGAGUUGAGGUUGGUGAUCGACAAAUCUCGGGGUGACCCUCUUAUCUCUUAUUUGGGGAUCUACCUAGAUUGCUUUUCGAUUUUGACAGAAACUCCUUCUAAUACUUCUCAAACACAUGCAAAUGGAAGUUGGGUGAUUAUGAAAACCACCCGCGACAAUCAUCUCUCAGCCACAUUGUAGAGUAUGUAAAGCGAAAGCCCAUCUCAUUCCAUAUAUGAAGAUACAAUCCACACGGCAUCUGCUGAAUUCGUGAUCGAGAGUGUUGUUCUGGAAGUUUAGUCUUCUUUUGCUGAGAAAUAAUACGAUCUGUAUACGGAUGGUCAUGUUCUUUGAAUUACUACAUUCUGGAAAUAUGGAUUACUCUCGGAUUCAUCAUCCCUC